UCAGCUCUCCGCAGAGCCGAGCAGGAGUGCACCGCCGCGGGGAAGAUGGCCUCAGUUUUCACUAAUAAGCCGAGCAGAGUGCGGUGGUGGUGAAUCCUGGCGGGUUUCGGGUUUCCUCUCGGUGUUUCCCCUUCCUGAGCAUGAGAAGACAGCCUGCAGCAGCGGUCGCCCUCAGACUACUACAUGACAGACUGCACUGCGUGAUGCAGAUCAGAGUCCAAGAGUUGACAUCCUGCUGCCAGGAGGUGAUGGUCUCCUCCUCCUCUCUGCUCUGCUCACCUGCUCCUCUGUCGAACCUCCAAACGACAAGAUGUUAACAAGUUAUUCAUUUGAUUUUUGUGCAUCUCGGUACAUCAGACAGCGCCUUCACUGGGACUGCUGAGUGGUUUUAGCUUUUUUUUUACAGGACACCCAACACUGGACUGUUUGUAUUUAAUCACCGGAGGAGUUCAGCUGUAAUUCAACAAUGAUCUGACGGGUGUGAAGUGAGACAAACAUCAGCAGGAGUCACCUGGCGUCUGCGCAGCACACGAUGGCCAAUAACAACGAGCUACAAAGCGAUCCAGGUGGGCUGUCGGUGCUCCAGCAGCUCGGUCUGGACCAAAACUCUGACUUCUCCGACUCCAGCGUACAGCAGCGCCUGGACGAGCACCGCGAGAGGAUCCGCAGAGAGAUCCGCAAGGAGCUGAAGAUCAAGGAGGGUGCGGAGAAUCUGCGCAGGGCCACAACAGACAAGAGGAAUGCCCAGCAGGUGGACUCGCAGCUCCGCAGCUCCAAGCGCAAGCUGGAGUCCCUCCACGCUCAGCUGCAGGAGCUGGACGCACACAUCGUGGUCAAAGGACCUGAUGACAACAAAGAUACCCCAAAGUCUCCCGGGUCGCUCAAUCGGACGUCGGCCAACCAGCACCGCAUUGCAGCUUUGGAGCGGCAGCUAAACAUUGAACUGAAGGUCAAACAGGGAGCAGAGAAUAUGAUUCCAAUCUAUGUCAAUGGAGGUACCAAGGACAAGAAGCUUCUCCAGACAGCUCAGCAGAUGCUGCAGGACAGCAAGACGAAGAUCGACAUCAUCCGCAUGCAGAUCCGAAAGGCCAUGCAGGCCACGGAGCAAUCUGAGGACAGCCAAUCUAAGCCGGACAUGUGUGGAGUGGAGCUGCGCGUGGAGGAGCUGUGGCAUCACUACCGAGUGGAGCACGCCAUGGCCGAGGGAGCCAAGAACAUGCUGCGACUGCUGGGUGCAGGAAAGGUCCAAGACAAGAAAGCCAUGGCUGAGGCUCAGUGUGGUCUGAGCGAGUCGUCACAGCGCCUGGACCUGCUCAGGUGUUCUCUGGAGCAGAGGCUGCAGGAGCUCCCCGAGGAUCAUCCCAAGGCCUGCCUCAUCAAGGAGGAGUUAGUGCUGGCCUCCUCCUCGGCUUUCAGCUCCCGCCACAGCACCCCUUAUGUUCAUAACCAGUACAGUACCCUGAGUAAACCAUCGCCACUCACAGGUACUCUUCAGGUGCAUCUUCUGGGCUGUGUGGGGCUGCUGGAGGUCGUCCCAGGGCGGAGUAGAGGGACCCCGGUUGUUCUUCCUUCUUACUCUCAGGCAGAUGGACGCUCCUCAUUCAAACUGAGCGGCCUCUACAGCCGCAGCACCAGCAGCAUGAGCCUUAAAAUCCCCGGCAAGAACGAGGAGCCUUCCUCGGAGGUGAGCGCAGUGCUGAAGCUGGAGAACACAGUGGUGGGUCAGACAGGAUGGAGAACAGUUGGAGAGCAGGCCUGGGACCAGACCUUCACUGUGGAGCUGGAGAGAUCCAGGGAGAUGGAGAUUGCAGUGUACUGGAGAGAUUUCCGCUCCCUGUGUGCUCUGAAGUACCUGAAGCUGGAAGAGUUCCUGGACAACCAAAGACACAGAGUCCAACUGGAGCUGGAGCCACAGGGGCUGCUGCUGGCAGAGGUGACUUUCUUCAACCCAGUGAUAGAGAGAGGCCGAAGACUCCAGAGGCAGAAGAAAGUCUUCUCUAAACAGCACGGUAAAGCCUUCCUGCGUGCUCGUCAGAUGAAUGUGGACAUUGCUACCUGGGUCCGCCUGCUGAGGAACGCCAUCCCCAGCGGAAGCAACACACCUGCAUACACACCCAGCUUCACGAGCAACACACUCUCACACAACACAGGAGAAAUCUCUGUGGAGAAGCUGAAUCUGGGCAGCGACUCACCUCCCAAAGCUGAAACCAGGAGAGACGUGGUGGAUGCACCGGCUCCCUUGGAACAGACACCAGUCAUCGAGCCCCCGUCCACGCCGGAUGUCCCUGCUCACGAGCAGCCAACCAGAUCCCUCUCCCAGAACUCUUUACGCAGACCCAGCAGAGGCCCCCUUUGCCUUCAGGACUUCAAACUGAUGGCAGUGCUCGGAAGGGGCCACUUCGGGAAGGUGUUGCUGUCAGAGUACAAAAGGACCAGCAGCCUGUACGCCAUCAAAGCCCUGAAGAAGGGAGACAUUGUAGCGAGGGAUGAAGUGGAAAGUCUGAUGUGUGAGAAGCGGAUCUUUGAGACCGUCAACGGCUCCCACCACCCCUUCUUGGUCAACCUGUUUGCAUGUUUCCAGACGCCAGAACAUGUGUGUUUUGUCAUGGAGUACACAGCAGGAGGAGACCUCAUGAUGCACAUACAUGCCGACGUCUUUUCUGAGCCACGUGCUGUGUUCUACUCAGCUUGUGUUGUGUUGGGUCUGCAGUUCCUUCAUGACCAUAAGAUUGUGUAUCGGGAUCUUAAGUUGGACAACCUGCUGCUCGACACAGAAGGUUUUGUGAAGAUAGCAGACUUUGGGCUCUGUAAAGAAGGUAUGGGUUAUGGGGACAGGACCAGUACGUUCUGCGGGACUCCUGAGUUUCUGGCCCCAGAGGUGCUGACAGACACAUCAUACACCAGAGCAGUCGACUGGUGGGGGCUCGGGGUGCUCAUCUAUGAGAUGUUGGUCGGUGAGUCUCCGUUCCCAGGUGACGAUGAGGAGGAGGUAUUCGACAGCAUAGUGAACGAUGAAGUGCGCUACCCUCGCUUCCUCUCCACCGAAGCCAUCGGCAUCAUGAGACGGUUGUUGAGGAGGAAUCCUGAAAGACGUCUGGGCUCUGGAGAGAAGGAUGCCGAAGAUGUCAAAAAGCAACCGUUCUUCAGGGGUGUGGACUGGGAGGCUCUUCUUCAGAGGAAGGUCCCGCCCCCGUUCAUCCCGACCAUCGCAGGAAAAGAGGACGUCAGCAACUUCGACGUGGAGUUCACAGCCGAGGCUCCUGCCCUCACGCCUCCCCGCGAGCGCCGCACCCUUUCCCGCAAGGAACAGGACCACUUCAAGGAUUUUGACUAUGUCUCUGACCUCUGCUAGGGUCAGAGGUCAGAGGUCACAGGGUUAUUAGCUGCCCACUGCCAGCCACAGACUCUUAAAGGAGACUGAGAAGAGAAGGCUGACUCUGUGUCCCGCACAGGGAGAGAGGAACUUGAUGGUGAUGAGAGGCGAGGAGCUCUUUCUCUCUGUUUGCAAUGGGAUGGAGAACUGGCUGGGCCCAUCAGUGGAGUCUGAUCGCGUGUUGGACACACACGCAGUUUCACGCAUCUCCUGACCUCGACAGGUCUGCAGCUCCGUGACACUGCGUGGCUUUUAGAGGAGGAGGAAGUGGUGGUGAAGAUAAUCCAGAUUAUGUAACAAACAGAAGAUGAGAUGAUGGACUCCUGCUGUUUGUCCAACGCGUCAGUGACCGUACUGAAACGCUCAGAGAGCCUUUAAAUCAGAGUCAAACAGUCAAACGUGAUUAUUCUGACAGGAAGCAGUUUGUCUCUUUCCUUGCUGCACUCGCUCUCGUCUCUUGUCCCUUUAUCUCUGCUGUUUGUUGCUGCUAUGUGUGUGUGUGUUUCGUUGUGUUACAGCGUCCCUGCCUCAGUCAUGAAUGUAUCCACAUCAGCUGCAAUCAUGCACCACCUGUACAUUAACACAAGGGGGAGCCAGAGGAAAGAGAGAACUCAGAGCUGCUGCUGUUGACUGUGUCACAGAGAAGUAAAGUGAGUGGGUGUUUCAACAGAGAGGAGGGGGGUGGGGUCACAUGCUGUUAAUGUGUCUGUGCUCAAUCUUCUCUUUCCACUGUCUGUCAGUACAACACAGAUUUUUAACUACAAUCAUUUUUAAAUGACAAGAAGCUUUUACAGAUUUUGUUCUUUUUGUGAUUUAUUGAUUUUUUUUUCCCAUCUGUGUUUCCUCUUCUGUCAUUUGCUGGUGAAAUGUGUUGGAUCUGUGACUCAGUAAAGAUGUGAACCCAA